GGAAAGCUGGCUUCAUCAACCUACUCUUCAAUUCUCUCAGUUGUUUCAAAAAAUGGCUAACAACUCGAAUCCAUUACAAAUUGUUGACAUCACUGACUUCAACAGAAAUACAGCGGCUGAACUCUUGAAUGCUGCUACCUCCCAGGGGUUUUUAUUCUUAGAAGGGCAUGGCUUUUCGGCAAAAGAAGUAUCCGACCUUUUUGCCCUUUCUAAAGAAUUUUUUGAUUUGCCUGCCGAAUACAAGCGCAAAUUUCCUAUUGAUGAAUCAAAUCAUGGCUAUACGGAUCACGGGGGAGAGAACUUAGACCCUACAAAGCAAAAGCGGGGGGAUCCCAAAGAAGCCUUGAAUUUCUGCUCAUUGAAUUUCAAAACCGGAACAUCAUCCAAAGAAAUACCAGGAUGGUUCAAAGAUGAUCCAUCUAGAGAAAAAUUAUUGACUUCAACAAUCUCCAAACUUUACAACUUGUCGAUCAAGAUAUUGCAAAUACUUGCUCUUGGGUUGGAUAUAGAAGAUACGGAAGUGGAUGGAACUGAUUGGUUUACAUCUAGAUACGACCCCGAGAAGGCCUCGGGGACGACUUUUAGAUUCUUGCACUAUCCGGGCCAAAAGUCUUUGGACCCGGAGUCUACAAUUCGAGCGGGGGCUCACACAGAUUAUGGCUCCAUGACAUUAUUAUUUCAACAGGAAGGACAAGAAGGGCUAGAAAUUUACUCUCCAAUUUCUAAAAAGUGGGAAGCGGUUCCUUUUGUCCCUUCAAGCUUUCCCGAGGCGAAAGGCCAAGCACCUCCCAUAAUUGUCAACAUUGCGGAUCAGUUAUCCUAUUGGACAGGUGGUUUAUUGAAGUCAACCAUUCAUAGAGUGAAAUUUCCAGCCGAAGCCCAAAGAAGUGGUAAAGAUCGCUACUCUAUAGUAUUCUUCAGUCAUCCCAACGACGCUACCUUAUUGGGACCUGUCCCUAGUGCAAUAGUGAGAGAUAUAAAACACAGGGGUGCCAACAAAGAUACGGUUCCCAUUACAGCUAAACAGCACUUAGAUAAGCGAUUAGCUGCAACUUACGGGUGGUCACAAGAUUUAUAAGUAAUCAUGAACAAUCAUAAGCCAC